AUGCGUUUCCAAUCUCUCGCUCUCCUGGCCGGCGCCACCACGGCCAUCGCGGCCGACACAGUCACUCUUUUCCUGCCCGGUUUCGAUAGCCAGGACAUCGUCGGCAAGGUCAUUGGCUCAAGCGGCCCCAAGACGACCACUUAUCUUAUCAAUUGCCCAAAUAUGGACGCCGAUCAGUGUGGCAUCCCUGCCGACGGCAUCACUGUUGUCCAGGGCUCUUCGAGCGUCGGGCUGUCAUACGGCUUCGAGAUCGGCUCCAUCACAGAGAGUUGCACAUAUGAUGCCUCCACCGUCUCGUGCGGUGCAACCAUAAAGGACGGAGAGUACUCUUCUGUCAUAGAAACAGUCGUGUCCCGUUCUGAAUUUCCCGGUGCCCUCAUGCCCGUGACUAUCACCGGGUCUGGGACUGCCGCCGCUUCUGCCACCACCGGUGCCUCCGCUGCGGCUUCGACCGCUACUUCCACUGGCGAGGUUAAUCUGUCCACCUCCGCUUCCACCAGCACUGGCACCGCCACUGGCGACGUUACUAAGUCCGCCCGUACUAGCACUGCCACUGGUACCGCUACGGGUACUGAGACUGAUAACGCCGCUGUGCCUAUGAUUACUGGAAACGCACGCUGGGCUGCUGGCGGUGUUGCCGCUGCCCUGGCUCUUGCUGCUCUGUGA